GAGCUGGACCAAGAAAUUGUGUUGGAAUGCGUUUUGCUUUGAUUGAACUCAAAAUGGCACUUGUUCGUCUUCUCAAAACAUAUUCAAUAGUCGAUUGUGGUGAUCAAACAUGUAAACCAUUUGUAAAUCUCAAAGAAUAUAUUGUCAUUGCACCAGAACAAGUUAUUGUUCGUUUACAACGUCGAGAUGAACAUUAA